CACUGGUAAAGUGAAAAGAAGGUUCCUCUCAGAGCAGCCUCACACACAGACACGCAUGCUCAGACGCGCGCGCACAAACACACUCACAAACACACACAGACACAUUGCAGCCAAAGUGAAAGCAGAAGCGGUUCAGAGCGAGACGGGAUCGGAGACGCCACACUCGGCAUGGCUCACGGCUCCGACAGCAAUGACACAAGUUACAACAGGUCUCCUUCACCGGCCAGCCAACCGGGUUCCUCAGAUGAUGCAAAGAGGGUGAUGAGACGGGAGAAGAACCGAAUCGCGGCCCAGAAGAGCAGAAUGAGGCAGACCCAGAAGGCCGACACGCUACACCUGGUGAGAAUCACAGCUUCUCGGGACCGUAGGCCUGGGGGGAGAUCCGACCUGGUGCCGUUCUGAAUGGGAGUCAAA